AAUACAUAUCUUUAAUGGCGGACCCCGUCCAGGAUAUAGUUCUUAUAGAGUCGGACCAGGAGUCUGAAAUUGAUUCCAACACCCGUCUCAAUCUCUACAAUAAGCGCGUGGCUAAUGACCAGCUUUUGAACGAUGGAAAACGCCUCGCCACAAAGCCGUUUGCCAGUACUUCCGACUCAGAUGCCACCCUGAGCAGUAUCGAUAAAUCUGCACCACCACCCGUGUCGCCGAUCUCCUCCAGCGCCGACGAACCGCCCCCUGAAACUUCCAACUUGAGUGACGAACAUGUCAAUGGUGGCUACGACGAUUCGGAUGCGCUUGCCCAAACUAGCUCUUCAGAGCUGUCUGAAGACCUCUCUGACGAAGAAGACGAGAUACUACAUCUGCGGCAAUUGACUGAAGAAGCCACCGAUCUGCAGGUGUUCGAGGCUCGUGCGUUCCUUAAGGCCAACGGCUCCAUGGCGUUUGUACGAGCCUAUUUACCAAAAACCGCUAAUAUUGACGAUAUCCGCCGGGCCAUAGGCAUCUUGGGAUUCAACGUUAACCCUGGCCAGUUUGCGUCGCCUUCUUUCGCUGGAAUGAUCAACGCGCUUCGGAUCUCGAUACACAAGGUGUUGAGACAACGAAGCCGGUUGCAGACCUUCUAUUCCAUUGACCAUGUUCUCGAGAAGAUUAAGAGCUCUAAUCGGAUUUUGGUGAUCACAGGAGCAGGAAUCUCCACCAGUUUAGGAAUCCCCGAUUUCCGGUCUUCCAAAGGGUUUUAUUCGCAGUUGGGGGCGUUGGGAUUAAGUGAUCCCCAAGAAGUGUUUGACUUGGAUUUUUUCCGUCAAGACCCUUCGAUUUUUUAUUCGAUUGCGCAUAUGAUUCUCCCUCCUACCGGUGCCUUCACACCGUUGCACGAAUUCAUCAAACUUCUUGAAUCCAAAAACAAGCUACUUCGAAACUACACGCAGAACAUCGACAACCUCGAGGAAAACGUUGGGCUUUCCCAUUCAAAAGUGGUACAAUGCCAUGGCUCAUUUGCCAAUGCUACCUGUAUGACUUGUAAGUACAAAGUGCCAUUGGAAGCAAUUCGGAAAGAUAUCUUGAAGAAAACUCCGAGUCUCUGCCCUCGUUGUGAGAAGAAAAGAAAGAAGCUUGAAGAGUCAGAUUCAUAUUUCGAAGAAAGCUAUGGGGUAUUCAAACCCGAUAUAACGUUUUUCCACGAAAAGCUUCCCGAAAGAUUCCACGAUUUGAUCAAGCAAGAUAUCCUCGAGUGUGAUUUGUUGAUAAGUAUUGGCACAUCACUUGAAGUGGCUCCAGUGGCUGAUAUAGUCAAGAGGCUCCCAGGAACCGUUCCGCAGGUGUUGAUCAACAAGACGCCGAUUUUGCACAACGAGUUCGACGUGUCGCUCCUCGGCUGCUGCGACGAUGUGGCUAGCUUUUUGUGCAUGAAGCUUGGAUGGGAACUUGAGCACAAGGAUUUCAACUCCAUAUUAGGGUCGCAGGGCGACAACUUGGAAAUCAGAACUCUUAACGAGUAUCGCGGCCUCUACUCAGUCACAAACCUUGCUUCUCAGCAGGCUGAAACGGAUCAAGAGUCUUAAAUGUACCUUGACUGUCAUAAUGUUGUAUUAUAUAUUCCCAUAGUUGCAAAUACAUGGAAAUAGAGUUUUCGCAGCAGAAAAA